GUCCGCGCGCGUAUGGUUCGGAGCGCAGCGUUGACAUUUCGAAAGCGCGCUGCUUCGGAGCAAGCGAACGUCAGAGGAACGUCGGUGUUUCGCGAAGGAGGGACGACGCGGAGGUGGCGGAAGACUGGCUAUUGCGCUCGAUGAGGAAUAUCAGUCGGUCUUGGUGAGCCGUCAAGUGCGUGCGCGAGAAUUUGCGAUCGAUUCUCGCCGUGUCUCGUACAUUCGGGCUGGAACGCGAAACUAGCCUUCGCAAACGAUGCAGGUGGUGACGGGAAUAAGAGUGAUCGAUCAUCACGCUGAGGGACGCAAUCCCGGGUUUUAGGGUGUGGAGCAGCAAAAUUAGGAGCAGGAUCGACCCACGUGACGAUUAAGUAAGAUAAGUGUCGAUAUUCGAAAGAUACGAGAGAUUCUGCACCGGUGACAGGAGAGCGAGAGAGAGAGAGAGGGAUACGAUCGAUGUUCACGUGACAGUCAACAACGCGGCGUGAAGUUGUCGCUAAAGGGUGCGCGGACAACGGCCAUAUUCAAGGCGAGCCCCGUGUGUCUCGCCCCGGGUCGAAGACGCAGACAGGGUCGGGGAAAAAACAUCAGUCUCGCGGCCAUCCACCGAGACGAGGCAACGCGACGACGUGAUAAGGACUAGUUGACGAGGAAGAGCGGUGACAGCGAGUGGCUAUUCUCACAGUCGCCGAGAUGGAGUUCAAGUUCAACGUAAAUAAACUCUUGCCCAGAAAGAUCAACAAGGUCACGCAUAACUUGCUGCCGGAAGACUUCAAAGGUGAUCGUCGCGAGUUGAACGAAUGUCAAAGACUAUUAAGCAGAAUAUUGGACGAUAUGGGCGAGGCAUCGGCGAAGGCUCAAGGACUCAACAAGCCCAUCACCAGCGCCCUUAAACUCCGGGACACAGAUCACACGAUUUAUCUGCUCGUGGAUAAUGAAGCAAACAACGGACUGGGUAGCGUGGUGGGCUUAUUAAAAACGGGCUCGAAGAAUCUCUUUCUAUUCGACGAGAUGGGAGAACAUUAUCAACUGCAGGCGAGAUGCAUCUUGGAUUUUUACGUGCACGAAUCACGGCAACGUAUGGGGCUGGGAAACAUUCUCUAUCAGCACAUGUUAUCCGAGGAGAACAUUAGGCCAGUAAAAUUGGCUAUUGAUCGACCAUCGGAAAAGUUUUUAGCUUUCCUACGCAAAUACUAUGGACUCUUGAAGAUCAUUCCACAGAAUAAUAAAUUCGUCGUUUUUGAAGGAUUCUUCGACGACGAGUGCCGAGAUGUGAGGAGCAACAGAUACAGCCUACCUCCCAGAACGAGCUUGGACGACGGAACGCCGGGGAAUAAUAACAAUAACGGGAAGAACGGUGCUAGUCUCAACGGAGUCCCGUACGUUACGUCCGUUUCGCGUAGCUCGUUCGGUAGAUAUGCCGCGGCGCGACCGCCCUGUUCUAUGGCAAACAUAAUCCAUAACACAGCGAUGCUUGGUCAAUCAACCGAGCGUACCGGCAGUAGCGAUAGCGGUAGCGUAUCGCCGCCUCCGCCUUUGAAGCUGGAACGACCGCGCUCUUUAAGCAUCUACUCCGAGGAGGAGCAAAAGCAACGUAGCCUCGAGAUGAACACCGUCCCGACGCCGAUCGUGCCGGACAAUCAAACCAAAUCUUUCGUCCCUAUCCUACUGGAGGCUUCCGAGAAAACGGAGAAGAAUGUAAAGCCGUCGCCGUCGUGCGGCCAGGAGGUGACCACCGGCACCAAUCAACACGGGCAUCUGGAUCUCAAGUUUUAUCAUUCACCCUUAUGGUGAAGCGAUCAAACUGAUAAUGCAUAAUUUCCUUUCUCUCUCAUAUUUAAAGAAAAGGACUCGUUUAAAUCGGAUCCGCUCGACCUAAGCAUCAUCUAAUUCCGCUCGACCUUAGCAUCAUCUAAUUAAAUCGAGAGACUCUUUCCCUAUAGAUUAAGUAGGAUUAUAAAAUCUAGUCAGGGGAAAAAAUUUGUAAUCUCUCGCUCGAGAUUAUAUAAGACAUUGCGAUCCGUAAACACGUAUUUAUAAACUUCAAGUCUUUUUCUAUUCUUUAUACUGUAUAUGUUUCUGGAAUCAGCGAAGUUUUUUAAAUUAUUUCUGAGAUAAACUGCAACGAUAUAAAAUAAAAGAAUCUCUGAUGUGAAAAUAAACAGAUAUAAAUUUUCAGAUCAAAGAAUGUUAUUUAAUUAAAUUGAGGUAAUAAUUAAAAAUCUUAAAAAGGGAAAA